AUGUAUGCUCAGAAUGGCGAACUGAGUUAUGGUAGAUCAGUGUUUGACAAGAUUCCUAAGAGAGAUGCCAUUUUGUAUACGGCUCUGAUCAAUGGUUAUGGUUCUAAUGGGCUUAUGGAUGAACUCCAUGAAGCUCAGAAACUGUUCGAUGAAAUGCCUGUUAGAGAUGUAGUCUCCUGGAAUGCUAUGAUUUCAGGCCAUAUCCAGAAUGGCUAA